GUUGCGAUGUCUACAGAGUGAACUGCGGUGUAAAAUGACUUCAGAAGAGCGACAAGGAACGAAACGUCCUGCAUCCCCCGAUGAACUAGGAUCCACCCAGUGGGAAUCUGCAGAUUUGGGGACAGAUGAGCGGAAACAGAAGUUUUUGAGGCUAAUGGGAGCAGGGAAGAAAGAACACACUGGGCGCCUUGUCAUUGGAGAUCACAAAUCAACAUCUUACCAUCGCAGUGGAGAUGAGGAUAAGAAGAUAAACUCUGAACUGGAGCACCAGUUCCAACAGGGUAUGGAUGGGAAGUUGUCAGGCAGGAACAGAAGACACUGCGGCCUUGGUUUUACUGAGCCCGAGCCAAGCACAGAGAGCCAGAGGAGCAGUGAAUCUGAUCAACCAUCCAGUUUACAAACUCCAGAGAAACCCUCUGAUGAACUAAAGGAAUCACAAGACAAAAGUGAUUCCCCAAAAGCCGAGCUCGAGAAAAAAGAGCAGACCGACCCGAAGGAGGACAAGAAAAAUACUUAUAAAAUGGCUUUUGUCAAGUCAUCUUAGUAAGGAGAGGAAAGUACCUUUUUAUGUUUAACUGUGGAUUUUUAUAUCCGUUUAGCUUGAUACAUGUUCCAGAGAGUCAACUGUACUUUGCUGGGAAAAAAAUGCUUGUUUUUGUUCUUUUACAAAAUGUCUGUUCCCCUCAAAUGUGAUCAUAAUUUUGCCUGUGCUAAACUAUUCAGGUCUGCAAGGCCUUAGUUGUGAGAAGUAUGUCCUUUUUCUCUUUUGUACAAGGUCAUUUUCUAAAUAAUCUAAAAGCCUUGUCAGUCAUUAUCCAAUGAGGAAACAACCUAAAUUAAUUUAAUGUUUUCUUUAAAAACCUUUGUGUGUAACCAGUGCGUAUUCCCA